AUGAUGCAUAAUGAAUUGUUUGUAUUUGAAAACUUGUUCUAUUCUUCUUCUUUUUUUUUCUCUCUCUCAGAAUAUUUAAUUUCAUCUUUGUUCAUAUUAUUUUCUAUGAUUGGCGGUUUCACGGCGCAAUUAUCGUCUGCCAUAUUUGAAUUUCAGUUCUUCUCUCUAUAUUCGUUUGUAGAAUUUUCUUUUCCUCCCCUUCUUUCUUCGCUUUAUUAUUCCUGUUUUAUCUCUCCCCGCCCCUACGCUUUCUCUCCCUCUUUUUGCUUCCAAUCUUUCUUCUUCCAAUGCUCCUCUUAUUAUUUUUCUUUACUCCUUUUCCCAUUCUUCGUUUUCAAUUUUCUCCUCCUCCUCCUUCACUUUUUCAUCUCUUUGUCUUUUCCCAUUAUUAUUAAUCUUCUCCAUCUCUUUAUAAAUCAUUCCCUCUUUUUUUCUUCUUUCAAAUUCUUCUCCUUCUCUUUCUUUUUCUCUAUCUCUUCCCUUACUCCUUAUUUUUCUUCAGUUAUUACCUUACUCUGUCCUCGACCGCAUUCUUUUUAUCCACCCACAUUUACUAUAACUACUCUUUCUUUCUCAUCUCCUCCCACGUCUUAUUCUUUCUUAUUUCCCAUUCCCCCUCUUAUACUUAUCUUUCUUCUUCUCCUCUACCUACCCCUACUCAACCUUCUCUUUACGGGUCUCGAGCCUCCCUUACUUCUUUUACUCUUCAUCCGAAUUCUCUCCUUCUACUACUACUCUUUUGUUCUUCUUUUUCACUCCUUCAUUCUUCUUUUAUUCCUCAAAUAUCUCCUCCACCUACUUCUUUUUCAUCUUUAUUUUCCUCCUCUUUCCAUGCAUCGUUGUUAUUCCUCUUCCCUCUUCUCUUCUUCCUUUUGCGUCUUUAUUUUCAAAUGCCUCCAUCUUCCUUUAUCGCUUCGUGCUUGUCCACAUCUUUUUUCUUUCUUUCUCUUCCUUCCUCUCUUAGUCAUUUUGCCUCUCUUCAUCCUUGUCCUCUUCCACCUCAUCCUACUACUUCUCCUCAUAUCAUUUACUUUAUUACUUCCUUUCCUCUCUUUCUCCAUCUCUCCUUCGAAAUUGUUUUUAUUUUCUUUUUUCUUCUUCACUUCUUUUAUUCUCUUUCCAUCCUCUUCAUCUUACUUUUCCUUCCUUCUCUCAUGUCUUCAAAAUAUAAUUUUCUUCUUUUUCUUCUUCUUCUUCUUCUUCUUCUUCUUCUUCUUCUUCUUCUUCUUCUUCUUCUUCUUCUUGCCCUUUCCGUCUCUUAAUCAUGCUUCUUCUUCUUCUUCUUCUUCUUCUUCUUCUUCUUCUUCUUCUUCUCCCUUCUUCGUCUCCUCCUCUUCUUCCAUUAUCUUCAUCUCCUCCUCCUCCUUCUUCUUCUUCUCUAUCUUCUUCUUCUUCUUCUUCUUCUUCUUCAUCUUGCCCUUUCUCUCUAAUCUUCUUCUUCUUCCCUUCUCCUCUGCUUCUUCUUCUUCUUCUUUCUUUCUUCGUCCUCUUCUUCAUUAUCUUCAUCUCCUCCUCCUCCUCCUUCUUCUUCUUCUUCUUCUUCUUCUUCUUCUUCUUCUUCUUCUUCUUCUCGCCCUUUCCGUCUCUUACUCCUGCUUUUUCUUCAUCUUCUCCUCCUCUUUUUUUCUCCUCAUCUUUCUUCUUCUUCUCCCCUUCUCCUCUGCUUCUUCUUCUUCUUCUUCUUCUUCUUCUUCUUCUCUAUCUUCUUCUUCUUCUUCUCGCCCUUUCCGUCUCUUACUCCUGCUUUUUCUUCAUCUUCUCCUCCUCUUUUUUCUCCUCCUCUUUCUUCUUCUUCUCCCCUUCUCCUCUGCUUCUUCUUCUUCUUCUUCUUCUUCUCCCUUCUUCGUCUCCUCCUCUUCUUCCAUUAUCUUUCUCCUCCUCCUUCUUCUUCUUCUCUCUCUCUUCUUCUUCUUCUUCUUCUUCUUCUUCUUCUUCUUCUUCUUCUUCUUCUUCUUCUUCUCGCCCUUUCCGUCUCUUACUCCUGCUUUUUCUUCAUCUUCUCCUCCUCUUUUUUCUCCUCAUCUUUUUUCUCCUCCUCUUUCUUCUUCUUCUCCCCCCUCCUCCUCCUCCUCCUCUUCUUCUUCUUCUUCUUCUCCUCCACCUCCUCUUCCUCUUUCUUUUCCUUCUUCCUCCCAUUCUUCCUCUUGUUCUUAUUAUUAUCAUUGGGAGUAG